AUGCCCCGGCAGCGGCUCCGCGGCUCCCGCAUCCUCGGCACCGCCCGCCGCCGGGAAACGCGGAUUUGGGGGGUGACACAAAAGCGCUGGGGCCCUGAUGGUCAGAGGACAUGCACAGGCCUUCAGCGGGAGAGUGGUGUGUGGGGAAAAUCCAGCCCUACCAAGGAAUCUCUGCCUUCCCAAAACACGGCAUUGAUUUCACCAGUAAUCAUUGCACAGAUUGAUGAGGAGAAGCCCUCUUUGCCUAUGCAGGCCCUGAUCCCCCAGCCCAGAGCUUGUCACACAGAACCAUCGUGUCCUAACCAGGGCUCAGCCACCAAAAAUGUUAGCAGAACAUUUUUGGUGCUUCCCAGCCGCUUAGAGAUUCAGGCAUCCUUAGAAGACACCAUGUCACCGUCGGACUCUCCCAGUCCCAAGCAGUGUCCAGGCCAGCAGAGAGGCUUUGCCUCCAUCACUGUCACAGCCAGGCGUGUUCCUGUGGGCUCUGGAGACCUGGCACGUGGCCCUGGGGCUGGCCAGGAGCCCAGCACCGUGUCCCCCACGUCCAGCAAAGUCCCCGCUCUCCUCGAGCGCUGGCCUCCCCCAGCCCGCACAAACCACCCUCCUUUAAAGGCUUCCAAGUCUUGCUCAGAAUUGGGUGAAGAACCCCAAAAGCAGCUUUUUGACCCUGGAAUCAAGGAGGAUGGCGUGGGUCUCCAAAGCAGUGAUGGGAGGGAGAAAAUGCCACCUUUGUUCAUCUCCUGUGUCCAGCUCCAGGUGUCUGAGCCGCGUCCAAACACCAUCUAUUAUUUGGACAAGUCGCUCAGUGUGUGCAUUGACCAACCUCCAGUUAAAUGCCAAAAAAUGUACAGAUCCACGUUGUCCUUGAGCCUGAAGUGCAGUUUGUCCGGAUUAACAGCAGAUGGAGUAGAUGGCAUAGCUAAUGGAGAGCCCAUGGAGGAGAGAGCUCCAAGGAAGCUCCCAGGAGCACGCGGGGCUCCACUCAGAUCCUACCUGAGAGCAGACAUCACGGGAAUUAAGGUAAUUAAGGAGGAGAAAACAAAGGAAGGACAUUUGGGUCGUAAAUACCCUUUGCAAAGUGCCUUUGCCUCGGGACUUCCAGCAUUUGUGGAUAUUCCCAGAGGACCUCACAAGGCAGCAGCAGAGGAAGAGGAUGAGCAGCCUGGCAGCCACCACACUGUGUUUUCCCUCCAAAUUCCUAAUUCAAGCAGUGAGGCAGGAACACCAAUGCUAUCGGGAGGCAGGAAGAGGAGCAGCACAACAACCCCUGGCCCCCUUCCAGUUGCAGCCUCCAGAGAAACCAUUGCUGCUGCUCCUGAUGGCUCAUCCAGCAGGGCAGAUCCCUCCAAAGGCACCUCCAAACCCAAAGAGAUCCAAGCACAGGGUGUCCUGAAACCAAAAAUGUCUGUCUCCAGCAGCGUGGAGUGCAACAUAAAGGCAUCAUCAAGAAUCCUCUGGGAAGAAAAUGUUCACGGGCAAAAGCAGCUCCUAAAAAGCAAUUAUGAAUUCCCUGCUCCGAGGAACAGAACAAAGGAGCUCGAGGCACAGGACGAGCGGGAGCGGGGCAGGAGGGUGGCACUGUCCAGGGUGACACUGUCCAGGGUGACACUGUCCGGGGUGCCACUGCCCAGGGCAUGCUCUCCAGGUGUGACCUGGGACAAAAACCUGCUCACCUGGCCAGAACCCCGCUCCCAGCUGGAAAAAACUCCAGCAGCCCCAUGGACACUGCGGGAAGCCCUGGAGCUGCACAACCCUCAGUUCAUCUCCCGCUCCCAGCAGAGGCAGAAGAGGCUGCAGCUCAUGGUGCAGCUGAGAAGGGCCCAGCACAGGGAGGCUCCCCCAGGCACCCCCCGAGCUCUGGAUCGCAAGCUCUCCACCUCCACUUCCAGCAGGAAGAGGCAAUUCACCAUCCCCGACCCUCUCAGUGAUAACCUCUUCAAACCAAAGGAGAGAGUCAUUCCUGAGAAGGAGAUGCACAUGAGAUCUAAAAGGAUUUAUGACAAUUUACCUGAGGUUAGAAAGAAACAAGAAGAGAAGCAGAAGAGGAUCAUCAUCCAGAGUAACAGGCUGCGUGUGGAGAUGUUUAAAAAGCAAUUACUGGACCAGCUCCUCCACAGAAACACGGAGUGA